UUGAAGCGCGCGCAGGCGCGAGUGGCGGCGGAGGGGUGGGAUCCCAGGUGGCUGCGCGUUCUGGGGGCUUCUGGUGAGUGGAGGCUGCGGGUUCCGAGGCCUCGGGUGCGCGUUCGGCAGCUGCCCGCGUUUUUGCUCCUUCUGGCCUGGAGUGCGGGCAGCCGGCGUCCGGCGAAUUCUUGAGUGCCCCGCGGAGCUGGAGGUGGAUCCGGAGGGAAGCGGAGCAUCUUGUAAAGACACUAGAGGAAGUGUAAUGUCUCAGGAAGGCAAUUAUGGGAGGUGGACGAUAUCCAGUAGUGAUGAAAGUGAGGAGGAAAAGCCAAGACCGGAAGAGCCAUCUGCCUCUUUUCUCCCGCACGCUGAGCAGGGAGGAGCCAGUGAGCCAAAGUACACCUGUUCCGAGGCUCGGAAAGCUGCCCACAGGAGGAAGAUCGCACCCGUGAAAUUCAGCAACACAGAUUCCGUUUCAGAAGCUUCACCUCCCAAAAGGCAGAAGGGCGGUUCCCAGGAAGGCCUGGGCUGGUGUCUCUCCAGCAGUGAGGACGAGCUGCCGCCAGAGACGCAGCAGAAGCAGCCCAAGGACACGGGAGUCAAAGAGGAGAAAGGCCUCCCUUCUCCCAGAGAUGGUGCUGUCCCAGGUGCUGGGCAUCCCAGCCCCUCGGCCGGCCACGGGCUUGAAACGUCAGGGGAAGGCCAGGACAUCUGGGACCUGCUGGGUAAAGGGAACCCCUUCCAAUUUUACCUCACUAGAGUCUCCGGAAUUAAGCCAAAGUAUAACUCGGGAGCCCUCCACAUCAGGGAUAUUUUAUCUCCUCUAUUUGGGACACUUGUUUCUUCAGCUCAGUUUAACUACUGCUUUGAUGUGGACUGGCUCGUAAAACAGUAUCCACCAGAGUUCAGGACGAAACCAGUCCUGCUUGUGCAUGGCGACAAACGCGAAGCAAAGGCUCACCUUCACGCCCAGGCAAAGCCUUACGAAAACAUUGCCCUCUGCCAGGCAAAGUUGGAUAUUGCGUUUGGAACACACCACACGAAAAUGAUGCUACUGCUAUACGAAGAAGGCCUCCGGGUUGUCAUACACACCUCCAACCUCAUUCACGCCGACUGGCACCAGAAAACACAAGGAAUAUGGUUGAGCCCCUUGUACCCACGAAUAGUCCAUGGAACCCACAGCUCUGGAGAAUCAACCACACACUUUAAAGCUGACCUCAUCAGCUACUUGAUGGCUUAUAACGCCGCUCCCCUCAAGGAGUGGAUAGAUACCAUCCAGGAGCACGACCUCUCAGAAACAAAUGUUUACCUUAUUGGCUCAACCCCGGGACGCUUUCAAGGAAAUCAAAAAGAUAAUUGGGGACAUUUUAGGCUUAGGAAGCUUCUGAAGGAGCAUGCCUCAUCCAUACCUAAAGGAGAGUCCUGGCCUAUAAUAGGUCAGUUCUCAAGCGUUGGCUCCAUGGGGGCCGAUGAAUCAAAAUGGUUGUGUUCUGAGUUUAAAGAGAGCUUGGUGACACUGGGCAAAGAAAGCAGGGCCCCAGGAAGUGCUGUUCCUCUUCAUCUGAUCUAUCCUUCAGUGGAAAACGUGCGGACCAGCUUAGAAGGAUAUCCAGCUGGGGGCUCUCUUCCCUAUAGCAUCCAGACGGCGGAGAAACAGAAUUGGCUCCAUUCCUAUUUUCACAAAUGGUCAGCUGACACGUCAGGCCGCAGCAAUGCCAUGCCACAUAUUAAGACAUAUAUGAGACCCUCUCCAGACUUCAGUCAACUUGCGUGGUUCCUUGUCACAAGGUCGUCCUCUUCCCAGGCCACCUGUCCUCGUUGUCCAUGACCAUUCAUCUUUCAGAGACAUGGGUCUUCCUCCUCGUCCCAUGUUCAGAAUCCUUGCCCGUUUCCUGUAAGCUGAAGCCUGGAGUCCUCUGUUGGCAUUCAGACCCUGGCCACCCCAUUUCCACCUUGCUUCUCCUGUACUUCCUGGCGGGAACUGCCAGCAGCAGCCGGGCUGGCCUCCUUUGCCCCUGAAGUCAUCCUGCCAGCAGCCCGUGUAGUCCCCUUUCCAGGUGCCUUGGUCCUUUUCCUCUGCCUCUCCAGCUGCUGCUCAUCUCAUCAGCGCUGUGCUCAGGGCUGGCCUCUUCUCAAGGAGGCUUUGCCAGCCUCUCCCUCCUGCACAUCCUCAAGAGCACUUGUGCGUGUGCUUGGGAGCUCACUGUUCCGUCUCAUCUUGUAGAGAAGAGAGAGUAUGAGCUUUACAUCAUCAGACGGUCCUGGACAAGAUGAUCUGUCUACUCCUGAACGAGUCUUUUGCCGUGAACAAGUUUCUUAACCGCUCUGAGCCUCAGACACCUCAUCUGCACAGCAGCCACGAGGGUGUGAGGUGCCACGCUUGGUGAUUGGACCCGCAGGCAGAAGAGUUCAGCUUUAAGUUCAGAGCGGUAAAUUCACUGAUAAAGUACAGUGAAAGAACUGGAAGUGGAAGAGCACAAUCUUGACACAAGGGUCACUGGUGAUAGUCCAGUGCGUGUGGCCCCUGCAUGUGACCUACUCCACCAUUAGAAUGAGAGGUUCAUGCUCCCAUGGAAUUUACAUUAGGACCAAAGAGCUGGCUGUAUAUGUGUUAUGUAAUUGCAGUGUAAUUCUUUUCUGACCAUUCUGCAUAAGUAGAUUUUCUCCCAGCAAGGCCUGCACUGACUUUCAGCUCAGCUUAAACGUCACUGAAACUCUCCUUGCUUCCUCAGCCUCCUGGUGUCCGUCUGUCCAACAACUCAUGGUCCACAUAUUACUUAUUUUAGCCAUUGCUCUUUCCAGACACUACUCCGUUCCAGGCAGGGUGUCCAUAUGCCCUGGGCUUCUUGCAUGGUCUGUGUUGUUUCCCUUUCAGUGUGGUUGCUUGUGUGAUCACUGGCUUCCCCUCUCACCUCUGAGCCACGUCCAUUUCUGUCUUGUUCAGUGUCCUCCAGUGCCUGGCAUGGAGGGGCGCUCAGCACAGAUUUGUUAACGAGGAAUCGAACGAAGGCCAGGAUGGAGGCUGUACCACUGAAAGCACUGCCUAGACUUUGUGCGUAAUUGACUGUGGGAGAUGCUUCAAAGGCGAGUCCUGGGCUUGGGGUGUGGCUGGUAGGGAGAUGGGGGAUGGUCACCAUCAUCAAUAGAGAAGUCAGGAAAUGAAACUGGUGUCGGUGGGAGAAUGGUCAGCUCGAUUAGACUGAUUUAUUAUGGUGGGAUGGUCAAGCGGAAUUGUUUAUUGGUGGUGUUGCACUCAGAAGGUCGGUGUACACAUGGUAUAUUUUGGAGUUCUCUUUGGAACUGAUCAUGGACACCCUGAGCCUUUGUGGAUGGUCAGGGAAGAGUGGAGCACAAGGUUGGUGCCUGGGAGGGGAGGAACAUACAGGGACUAAACAUCACAUUAACUAAGUGUUCCACUGCCACACAGAUGAAUUGGAUCCAAGCCUUCCCUCCUGAGUUAAAGAACAACUAACUGGUCACCAUCUUCCAUGAAAUAAUCUUCCUUCUACCUAAGAAAUGUUCUAUGUUGUAU